AUACCCAGACUUCUGAUCGUACACUUUUGUUGACAUCCGCCGAUGGGCAACUUCUCCAGCCUGGUCGUGAUUCUAAACAUAGUUCAAACGGCUCUUCAAGAGACCCAGUAAAACUGUCCGGAGGAGAGAGAUGGCUCCUCCACGCCUAACAGGUGCUCUCCGUUCUUUCUCCACUGUCAGCAAGAAGGAGGAUCCUACCCGACAGCUGUAUGACCUGAAGACCAAGCGUCUGAAGAGACAGGAGCUGUUUGCUAGGGAAGGCCUGACAUGGCAGAAGAUUGUCCAUUUCUGCACAGAACAUUGGGGUAAAGCUGAGCAACAAGCUGCCAGUCAAGAACUGAAGAGCCUCCUUCAGGCGGCCAAACAGAUUGUUGGUACUGAACAUGGGCAAGAGGUCAUUGAAUGUGCUGCUGUCUUUCUGUUUGAGACCUUCCAAAACAAAGACCAUGUUGGCACAGAGGAGACCCGGGCCAUUAAACAGAUGUUUGGGCCAUUUCCAUCAUCUGCAGCUGAAGCUUCCUGCGCUUGUGUGGCUCGGCUGGUGGCUCCCAUAGGUGACUCCAAAGUCGAGGAUUUUAUCAAAACCCAGAGUUCUCGUCACAACCCCCAACAAGGCUCCUCCUUUGGGCGCAACAUUGCCUUCUCAUAUGACUUAUACACACUUGACCCACUGGAGGACCUCCAAGACUCUGGUCUUUGUGAUGAGAGAGUGGAACUGGACUUUAUCAACUUUCUCAAUAAUCAGCAGAGUGGAAAUAAAUCUGCCAGUGAAGAUGAUGUACCCGGCUCUGGGACAACCAUGGGCUCUGGGGAUAGAUCCAUCCUACGAAGAGAAGUGGAGAAAUACCUGGAAGGAGGGAACAUGAUUUCCUCCAACCCCGAGGAGCUGUGCACCUCCUUGUUUGAGAUGCUGACCUCCGACAGGAGUGAUGAUGAGCUGCAGAAUGAGCUGUUUGAACUGCUUGGACCAGAAGGCCUGGAGAUGAUAUCCACCCUGCUACAGCGCAGGGCAGCUAUUGUUGACUCCUUCAUCUCCAUCCCAAAUGAAAGGACAGGAUUCCUACCAGGUGAGACAACAACAUGGCUGCUGGGAGAUCUAAAUGAUGUCAGCCGAAAGGUCAGUGGUGAAAUUACCAAGCCUGCCUACGGCUGCCAGGUGACCAUCCAAUCGGAGAAGGAGAAACAAAUGAUGAAAAUUUACCGGCGAGAAGAAAAGAAAGAGAAAAAGAGAGCCAAAGGAACGGAUGACGGUGACUCCUCAGAGGUUGUCGUGACCUUUGACCCAAAAGAGAUGAGAGCUCAGCGAGAGCAGGCCCUGCUGAAUGCACGUUAUGAACCUCUCCUAACCAGGGAAUGGGUUUAUGAACGAAUCCGAUACCCGAAUGUCUAUGACAGCUAUGCAGAAGCAACCAAAGCACCUGCAUUUGUUGGAGGGGCCAGGCUGCUGUUACCAGAGGGAAUCCACAGAGAAAACAAUAAGAUGUAUGAAGAGGUGGAGAUUCCACCCAAUGACCCCAUGCCUAUUGGCUUUGAGGAGAGGCCAGUCUACAUCUCUGAACUGGAUGAGCUGCAGCAUGUUUCUGAUGUCCAGCAGUCUAUAUUCCACUGGUCCACUUUGUGCUGCUGAUGUAAGUGGAAUCCACUGUACGCAUGGGCCAGUUUGACUGAGUUUUCUGAGUAUUAAGGACAUUUUAAGCAAAUAGGGU